GUUACACUCUAAAGUCUGGAUAAGGACACAUCUGGGAGGGCGACAUGAAGUUACAGCACUACACAAUGCUGAGAAAUGUAUUGUUCGCUCUGGUCAUUGUAGCACAUGUGUGCUCGCAAUGUAAUGCAAUGACUAUUGAUCCAGCCUUCGCGAUGUGUUACACUCUGUGUCCAACCACGACUACUUCGACCACAACCACUACUACAACAACCCCUGCAUCAACUACCACAACCACUACUACAACUCCUUCACCGCCUACCACAACCACUACUACAUCUCCAGAACGAACUACUACAAUCACUACUACAACAACUCCUGCAUCAAAUACCACAAGCAAUACUACAACUCAUGCACCGCCUACCACAACCAUUACUACAACAACCCCUGCAUCAAAUACCACAAGCAAUACUACAGCUCCUGCACCGCCUACCACAACCACUACUACAUCUCCAGAACGAACUACUACAACCACUACUACAACAACUCCUGCGCCGCCUACCACAACCACUAAUACAAAAAACACUGCGCCAUCUACCACAACCAUUUCAACAACUCAAGCGAAAAAUUCCACAUCAAUUCGAACAACUCCAGUGCCAACUACAACACCUACUAAGGCAACUCCGUUGCCAAUGACUAAAAUAACUUCAACAACUCCAACGCCAUCUACAAUUACCACAAAAACUAAAUUGGCGCCAAAUGCUACAAAUGAUACAACUCACAUUCCAACUGUCACCAAAGCCGCAACUCCUGCGUCAUCUACCUCAAAUAAUACGAAAACGUUAGCACCUGCUACCCAAACCACCAAACCUCCAACUACGGCUACUAUGACAAUUCAUUCAAACUCUACAACUCAAUUUGCAACAGCUUUCGGACCCCCUCCAACUACAGCAACACCAAGUACCACAGCAAACGCGGUUUCAGAUAAAACGACAAAAAACUCAUCAGUUACUUCAACAAAGAUUACAGCGAUAUCAAAAACUACAGUUAACUCGAAGACGGCGUCGUCUCCCCCGCAUUUUACCACAACAAAGUCGAAUAUAACUAUAACUCCUGUAAAUAAUGCUACUAAGAGUAAUAACAAAAGCACUGGCAUAUCCAACCAUUCGACAAAAUCAUCUCGAGGGCAAUCAACAACUUCGGCUGCCAACAAUUCAGUUGUAACAUCUUUUCUAUCUCCUGAGCUAACAACUAUACCACUUACUACUACAAAAAAUAAAGCAAACAUAAUUAUGACGUCAUCAACUGAUAGACCCUUGUCUACAACAAUCGAUUCUCAUACGACAGAAGUAAAUACAUCAACACCUGCUCCCUUGUCCGAAACUACAGAAAAGGCAACAACACAAAAACAGACAAAUAAUACAUCAAAGAUUACAAUAGCAUAUUCUACAAAUACGACACUGACAACAGUGGCUGCAACAUCUGUUAAACCAGUUACGACAACCACAGACACUACGACUACGACAAAUGCAACACAAAUAGAGCCAAAAACAACAUCAAAAGGUUUCUCAAAUACAGCAACAAAUACCCAUUUGAGUACACCGGGGAAUUCUCAACCACAAGGACCAACUAACAAUGCACCAAAUAUAACGGCAGGUACAUCAACAACACAAAAGGAAACAACAGAAAGUGUAUCAACAACAACUUCGACCCCGGUAAUGUCAACGGCUGAUACAGCGAUAACAACGGCUUAUAAAACGUCAAGUGAAUCAGACGGAGGAAUGUUAACAACGAAAGUUACUGCUGGAUCAGCUACAACAAAAGUUACGACUACAAUUAAUACCCCAGCAACUCAUACAAAAGUUACAUCAAUAGGGCCAGUAUCAACAACGACAGAAACAAGUGAAACAACAUUAUCGCAGGUGACGUCAUCUACUGCAAAUCUAGUUAUAAAUAGAACAGACAACUUAGAAACUACCACUACCGAAGUUACUAGCCUAACCCCGACAACUGUCGGUGCAAUUUCAUCGACACCAGCUACGUCCACAAAUCAAACCACAUCAUCAAACACAGCAACAUCUUUUACAGAUGCAUCAAAGACUAUGCCGACACAAAUACCAGCAACGGGUACAACGGUCUCGAAAACAACCCUAACAACUUCAAUAACGACAACAAAAGGAAACGUCUCUACAACGUUAUUAAAUAGCCCAACACCAGACGUAAAAUCCACCACCACAGCUACAAGCGACUCUGUGCCCUCCACUACAACUCUUAAAAGCAACACAAAGAUUCCAGCAACAUCUGCUCCGUCAAUUACAGGUUCACCAACAAGUACUAGGGACACUUCGAAUAAUACAAUGUUUACAUCGACGACUACAAUUCCCAAUCGGACUGAAAUUAUUUCUACCACGAAUAAAACAACACCAACUACAACAAAAACAAGUCCAAUACAUUCAAAUACAACACAAACAACAACAACUAUAGCCUCAACAACUGCUAAUACGACCACAAUAGUUCUACUGAAGACUACGGCUAACCCAAAUAUAACCUCAACUAAACGAUCAACGACUGCAGCUUCUUCCAAUACAUCAUUACAGACUAUAACGACAACUGUUACAACUCCAACAACUCGAAUUCCAACUACAACAACUCCAAUUACAACCACAGUUCCAACUAUUACCACAACUCCAACAACAACAACAAAAAUAGACUGCGUAGCAGUUUGUCGUGCCUUGGGUAGAACACCUAUUUAUACUUCAGCAUCGCCUUUGUCGUCAUCGUCUACUGUCUCAACAUCGACUCCUGCCUUGGUAUCACACUCACCGUAUGACAAUGUGGAACCACAAUGGGCAAUAGCUUUUUUCCCGUUACAUUUCACCAUUUCCUUCAACAUCCCUUGGACGUCAAGUUAUGACGUCAACACGUCAAACAUGUAUAUCAACCUCUCGAAUAAAAUAACUGUGUUUUUAGAAAGUCAUUACAUUUCCAUCCCUGGCCUCAGGAGUGCAGCAGUCAUUGAUUUGAGUCGGGGGAGUGUAGUAUGCACAUACUCGUUAAGUGUAUCAGCCUCGCUCUAUCUAACCAGCGACGCUUACAACGCCACGAUGGCAAACAUCAACAAAACAACAGAAAAAUUCGAAUUAAUGCCGUCUGCAGCAAACAUUGGGGCGCUUAGUAUUGACUAUAUCAAAAACCACAGACAAAUGGAAUAUGCACAAGCCCUAAAUGAUUCUCAGUCUCCUUGCAAUGCCACAUACAUAUGUCCCAUAGGGUACACGUGCCUUUACACGUCCGGAGAGACCACAUGUGAACACAUGUGUAGAACGCAUAACCCCUGUCAUAAUGGAGGCACGUGUUAUGUUAAUGAACAGAACAAAGUUGGAUGCAAAUGUAAACCCGAUUCAGAUUUGGUGUAUUUUGGAGAUUACUGUGAGAGUUCAGACGAACGAUUGGCAUUAGAAUCUAAGUACAUUAUUGUGAUAGCUUGUGUUUCGGCCGCUGUGUUCGUCAUUCUUUUGGUGUUCAUCAGCUGUAUAUGUAUUCGAAAAAGACCUUUCGACCGAGGAGAAUAUAGUUUCCAGGAGUUUAAUGACGCUUAUUAUUACCGCUCUACUAAGGAAGACGUUGACACUAUACACAAAUUAUACGCUGUAGAUAACGAGGCUUAUGAACACUCCUCCCUCGACAACGAAAACAGUUUUAAAGAAGCACAGAUCUAACAUUGAAGAAAGCACAGAAUCUUCAGAUGUCUGUUAUAAAAAUAGCACUGUUCGUGGAUGUGUUUCAAUGGCAUACGAUGGACAGUUGUUACAUGAACAUCGAGGGUAUUAUAUUGACACAGGAAGUGAAACUAUAAUAAAUGUUCUGAAAAAUUAAUUUACUUCUACCGCCACAAAUGAAUGUUGAGAUUUACAAUGACGUGACAUUAUCACAGCAAAACGGAAACAUCAAGAAACUGACUAUCCAGCGAAGCAUAUGUUGCUAAGAUGAUCCAUGGAUAACGUCUUUGCUAGAACCAACUGGAUACUUAUGAAAAGUUAAUAUUUUCUCAGUGGGAGGUAGAUAUAUCAACACCAGACAUUAGCUAAUUACCCACCAAGUCUGUAGCGUAUAUUAGAAUUAUUAUUGAUACAUUUGUAUUUUUUGGACCAAAUAUUGAUAAUGAUUCAAAUGUUAUUGAUAAUAUUUUAUGAAUAGACAAUAUAUCGAGUCAACCUAACUACAUGUACGCGACAGAAAUACAACACAUAACUUGCAUAAGAUUUUUAAAAAUACAUCAUUGGUUUUGUGUACAAAAACAACUGUUUGAUGGCAGUGCGUAUGCCAUUUUUGUGACGAUGGAAGCUUGCGUAUAUCAGGGUACCUGUAAGUAAAAGUUUGAUCAGGAAAGUAUAUGUCUGGUGUAUAAACAGAAAAUUGCUUAAAGAGCAAUUUGAUGUAAGAGUAUCCGUACGACCAUACAUCCUACUGUUGUGGCGUCACUACAACGUUAUAUUGGAGCACUCAGGGUGUAUACAUUGGUGUUUGUUUGGAAAAAGUAGGGUAUAUUGUCAAAAUGCAUGAUUCAUCUUGAAUAAAAUUGGUAAGUUAAGAGCUACAUUUCGCGCAAUGAGCUUGCUGUCGAGGAAUGUGUACCAAAGUGAAAAGAUAUUACAAUACUGACUGAUGAAAAGGGUAAUAACUUUGUUCGCCUUUUUAUAAAAUCAUAAUUGGUUUAUGUUUGUAAAUGUUUGGACGGUGAUGGAACAUUCUAAAACUAUCUUCAAUAUAAGUAUUUGUGAAAAAUAUUAACUUUGUAAAUUGACAGCAUUGCAUCAGUUGAGUGAGUCAUGGUAAAGAGUCCAAGUACUCCUUUUGGUAUCUUUAACAAAGAAGAGUUCUCCAUUGUUCAGUGUUUUUCUUACUUGAACUUAUUGUGUAUGACAACAGAAAAAUAUCACAUAUGAAUGAAAUAUGUAUCAAUUUAAUUCAUCCCUUUUUGACGAGAAUACCUGCCUCACAGCGAAAUGCUCAAGUGUAAGCUUUAUCGGUCAUAAAAGCUGUUAUGCUUAUAUUUUUGUAACAUUGCUGGGAAUCAUUAUUAAAUAAAAUUCCCAGAAACCCAAAUAAAAAUUGUGUUUGUAUAAAAUAAAGAUGCAUUAGCAAGAAAAACAACUUUCCGUUGCUUGUAUACAGGGGCAAAUGUGUGCGUGUGUGUGCGAGAGGAGGACGAUGUUCCAAGCGGUGUUAAUUCAGUAACACCAAAACGGAUGUUGGUGUCGUUUUGUGUCAUGUGCCAUUCUUCAAAGCUUUUGGUUUCGUCAAAUGAACCAAUAUGUUCAACAACAUUAGCCUAUAUUUCCGGAGAAUGGGAGAUGUAAUUAAUGUUCUUUUGUUAUGAAAAAUAAACUGUUCUCGCAAUGCUGACAAUAUGGAACCAUACUUGUUCCAGUGUCGUUGCAUGCUUGUCAAUUUCAAUCUUUUGGCAAAGCCUCGUAGUUAAAAAUAAACAAUUAACAUAUAUUUAAAUUAGAAAUGAAUAUGAUAAAACACUAACACAAUAUCUCAUUUUCUAUUUAGCACCUUCAUUCUCUCUUAUUAAAAGAACUGUAAGGUGACAUUUUCUAUUUAUUUCGCUAUGCAUACACUUUUUGAUUAUUCAAUAUUUUAUCAUUAUAUAUUUUUUGUAAAGUUCAAUGCAUAAGAUUUAAUCUAUUUUGCAUCAAAAUAUUUUCAAAAUACCACGAACAUAUUUAUGACCUACUUAAAUGAAGAAAUGUGUCUGUUAAAGACAUUUUCUAGAAUGGUAUCAAGCGAUAUUCAGUCAUAAACGUAUGUUUGUAAAGAAGCACAUAAAUAUUGCAACACAUGUGAAAACUUUUGUCUUUACCUUUAGAAGGUAGAGAGCUCCAUCACUCUAAAUUGUUGUAAACGAAUGAAAAUGAUUAAUGUAAUUCGUUUUUUAACUAAACGCAUUAAAGAUAUACGUCGUUUUGCCCCCGGAUUUCUUUAUUUUAACGCAAAAACCACCACGCUCUCGGUGAUGGUUUUGAUAAUAAUUAAUACCUGUCUAGAUCAUUACUGGAACUAUUUUUUAAAUGUGCAAAAUCUUUCAAAGCCUAAAACGUAUAAAUGUCGCUGUAUGUAUGUUAAGGAAAUCAUAUCAAUUAAGAAUGCAAAUAGCUUUUUUCAGGGUCAGCUUAGAGUAGAAAAAUGGCGAGACUCUCAACGUUACAUGUAACUAAUAUAUUCCCAUCUAUGUAUUGAUUAGAAUGUUAAGAGGAAUCUAAAACGUUCGAGAUGUUUUAGGUUGUAAAAGGACACUUACCUUAAUCUCCUGAACAUCAUAAUUUUUGCAUACCUAACCUUCGAUGAUCUCUCAAACACGUUUUACAAUUUUGGGUCCGACUAAACUAAACGUGAAUGAACACAGAAAUAUAAUGGAUAUUGUCUACGGAAUGCCAAGCUUUAACCAAUAUGAGGAAGGUCGUGAUAUAUCUCUCAGCAUACUAUUAACCUUUGUUAGUCGCCAAGGUCGUAAUCGUAAGGAACAAUUUCAAGGAGAUGAAAUUUUCCUAAACAAACUUCAGAUUAUUUGUUGAUUGAUAACAGAAGUUUCCCCACUGCUCUUAAGCUAAUGUAUAUAGAGGUAUAUCAACUAAUAGCGUAUUUCUGAUUAGCACUCCCUAGCUUUCCUACUUCCCAGACCCACCCUUCUGGAGGCCGAUUAUGAAAAGUUAUAUCAGGUAGUUCUAGAAGACUUAGGCUAUUGUUGGACUUUAUGCUAUUCGGGAGAACUUUGGUGAUUUAUAUAGCUGUGGUGUAAAGGUAAGAUUGUUUCUUAUUGAUAUUUUAUGUUAAUCAUGAGUUAUGUGUUUGUUACUACUAUGAUAUUCAAUAAGACAAAGCAUUUAAACAUAUAUUUGUAUGUGUCCUACGUCUGAUGGGUGUUAUUACGUGUGGUAUGGAAAUAACUGCAUCAACAGCAUAACUAUUAGGAUAUAGUAUUUGUAUGAUUUAUAAUGGUGAUAUAUAGUCAUCAAUAUAAGUAUAUGUAUCUAUUGAAAUAUUUGCAUUAGCAUCAUGAUCUCUGUGUAAAGAUAUGAAUUUUGUAUUUUAUUAAACAAAACAUUU